GCACGGGAGACCCGACCUUUUCUCGUCGGGUCUCCGUUAUCGUUGGGGCUGCAAUGAGGAGCGGCCUCCAACAGGAAGAGACCGGGGACUCUGGUGCCGACGACUCACCUCACCGUCGCGGAGCUGGCCGAGUCCGGAGCGGGUGGAGCGGUGGAGGAGCGCUGCUGCUGCUGCUGCUGCGGCCCGACCGGAGAGUCGGAGGCUUCAACUGCAGGUCUGUGGACGGCGGCACCGGGAGCCCGCAGGUCCCUGGAGGGAGACCGCUUUUUCAGGGCUCCUGCAACGGCGACUUCCCCCGCCCGAGUUGCGGGGUCGAAGAGCUCCUGGAGCGGGGCCUGACACACCGCCCCGCGCGGCUUGGAAUGGCCGCGGGACUCUGCGAGCGCACGCCGGGGGCUCUAACACCAAGACCCGGUGUGCGACCUCGCACCACCCGGCGUGGCUUUAAUGGCCGCGGCACAAUCGCCAUCGCCAGCCGGGGGGCUUUGACUUUGACUCUGACAUCGGGGGGGAGAGUGCUGUGGAGAGAUAAGUUUAUUUGGCCUUCCAUCACAGCAAUGUGAUGGAUGUUUAUGUAAAUUAUGUGUGUCUUGGGUCUAUUUGUUUGUAAUGUAUGGCUGCAGAAACGGCAUUUCGUUUGGACCUCAAGGGGUCCAAAUGACAAUUAAAUGCAUCUUGUAUCUUGUAUCUUGUAUUCCAAUCUUGUACCUUACAUUUCCAGCAUUCAUUUUUCUUCUCAUCCCACUUCUGCUAUUUCAGAUUUCAUUUGUCUCCUCAGACAAGCACUCUUGUUAUUAAUUAGUUUUUAGUAUCAUAUUUUAGCUGGUGUCACAAGCACCACUUGUGUCCUCACCACAAGACAAAUCUUCCCUUUCGCUCUCUUUACGUUUCUACCAUUUUCUACAGCUUAAGACUUGUUUUAUUUCUAAAUGUUACCAGUUGAGAUCAGGUCACCGAUCCGAAAUGUUAACUCGGUUUCCCUUUCUACAGAUGCCGAGUAAUUCCAACUUUCUCCAUUUCUAUUUCAGAGCAUUUGUGCUAUUACUAAUGAGCUAAUUUUUAGGGUUUUUUUAAACUUUAGAGAUACAGCGCGGAAACAGGCCCUUCGGCCCACCGAGUCUGCACCGACUAGAGACUCCCCAUGCAUCAACACUGCCCUACACACACUGGGGACAAUUUACACAUACACCAAGCCGAUUAACCUACACACCUGUACGUCUUUGGAGUGUGGGAGGAAACCGAAGAUUUCGGAGAAAACCCACAAGAACGUACAAACUCCAUACAAGCGCCGUAAGACAACAGCUCUACUGCUGCGCCACAUUCAUUGUUCACCAGAUAUAUUUUGCCACCAAAGUGUUACGCUAAAGUUCUUAAGUGCAACCACUAGUUGAUUGAAUGGGGUUUCACAUGGGACAAAGAAAAUGCAUCCUAUCAAAUCAUAAGCGACUUUUACAGACACUGCAAAACCCCCCGUCAUCUGGUGAAUGUUUUCGAUUAAUCUCAUGUAAAAUAAAUGUAAUAUUUUCCAAUUGCUUUUGAUUGUUAGCCACAACCAAAUACAAUACAACUCAUUAAAAUCAAUCAUUUAAAAAAACACUAUUUAAAUGCAUUUAAAAAAACUUAAGCAAUUAAAAACAACAUCCAAUUAAUAAACUGCAACUUAGCUAUUUAUUAUUAUUUCCCCGACUCACACCUAUAAAAUCUCCGAAUUUGCUGGCAUGGUGCUCUAGUGCUCCACUCAUGGACUGCAAGUGGAGUCCAGGGGUGGAACACAGCCAAAUCAAGGCUUUAAAAUCACAGUAUGUUACAAGUUUCAAUAAAAGCAUUCGAAGAUCUAUUUGGAGUUUCAGUUCCAGUUUAGUUUAUUGUCACAUGUACCGAGGUACAGCAAAAAGCUUUUGUUGCAUGCUGUCCAGACAGCAGAAUUACAAUCGAUCCAUUUACAGUGCAUAUAUCCACGAUAAGGGAAUAACGUUUAGUGCAAGGUAAAGCCAGCAAAGUCCAAUCAAGGAUAGUCCAAGGGUCAUCAAAGAGAUAUAACGUAAUUCAGCACUGCUCUCUGAUUUUCUGAAGUAACAGUGCAACUCAUACCCAAAAAAAUCGCAAACCAUAUUUAUAAAAUUAAAACACCAACAUUAAAAUGCCCACAUUGCUUGCCAGAAAAGUUGCCAUUUCUCAUUGAUAAAAAUAGCUCAUUCUUCCCCCACCUUUUCCAAGGAAAUUACCCUUGAAGUGAAUUUCUGGAAAAUGGGUAACCCUCUUAGUCACUGAUUUAACUGUUUCUUUAUUUUUCCACUGUUGGUGUCAGACCACAGAUAACACAUAAAUCCAAUUAAGAGUAUUUGCAGUUAGUUAAAGCCUGCUAACCCUCACUUAUCGGAGGCAUUCUGCUAUCAAAGCAGGUUACAUUCCAAGAGCUCUACUGGAGGAAUGUACAUCCACCACAAAAGAAACAAAGCAGUCACAUGAAUGACACAGGCUAUGUGACCAGACUUCGCUAGGACUUCGUAAUGCAUGGACUUGCAUACGUCCAACAGAUCUUCCUCUACAAAUACUUUUAGAAAAUCAGUAAGGGUUAAAAUUCAUCUGAUUUAUUCACCCCAUGCAACUGGGACUUCUACAUAGCUAUCGGAAACCUGUUUACUUCAAAUAGACCGACAUCCAGUACUCCGAUCAAUUUGGAACUUGGUUCGAUAUUUUUUUUAAAUGGAACUAGUGGCUCUUUUUCUGCUGGCAGAGGCAAUGUUUUUCCAUUCAAGAAUUAACGGUUCGCCAAUUGAUCAGAUAGAAUAUUUUUCAUUGCUUCUUAACAAAACCUAUUCCCAAAAUGACAAUCAGCUCCAUCUUACAAGUCAGAACAUCAACAGCAUUCCAGUUAAUGCCUUCCAAAAUGUCAGUGCUCUGGAAAGACUCGAGCUGUCGCACAACAAUCUGACUGACAAUGGCCUGCCCUGUGGAUCCCUGAACAUAACAACAUUAAAGCACUUGAGCGUGGCUAGUAAUCAACUUACACGUGCCCCAUCCUGCCUACCGACAGCUCUCAAAUAUCUGGACUUAAGCCACAACGCCAUUCAGCAGAUUGCAUUCUCAAAGUUUAUGAACCUCCACAACUUAACCACUUUACUUCUCAGUCAUAAUAAAAUCUCAACCAUCACUUAUUCGGGGACCGUGCUCCCACACCUUGCUUCACUGGACCUCGGCUACAACAAAUUCACAAAGUUACAGUGGAAAUUUAAAGGGCCCAAUCUCACCUCUCUCAGACUGGAAGGAAACCCUUUGCAAAAGAUCAGCACGCACGAAUUCAGUCCUUUCCCCAAGCUUCAGUACCUUAACUUGUCCUCAACGUCUUUGGAAUCAUGCAGUCACAAAGCAUUUGCGACCGAUACAGAAAACAUCAAAGUACUUGAUCUGAGCGAAAACCUUUUCAAAACCUUUGACCGACAGUGCUUUGAUGGAUUAAGCAAUCUGCAGACCCUGUGGAUGAGACGGCUGCCCUUCCUUCAGUCUCUGCCCGUUGACCUGUUCCUCCACACUUCAAGUCUUAUUCAUGUGAACUUGGACGAAAUUCCGCAGCUAUAUUUUUUGAACAGUAGCAUGUUUGAACAGCUCCGACAUUUACAGACACUUUCUCUCCAAAGCUGCAACCUGACAGAAUUCAAACCCUGGACACGCUUCAAUAAUUCAACCAUCAAAAUAACCCUCUUUGGAAACCGCUUGGCGUGCAGCUGUGAGCUCACCUGGCUGACGAGGGAACCAGAAAAGAUAUUACUGACCAGAACAAAUGACACCAGAUGUGUAAAGAGUGGUCGACAAAAAAAGAUCUUAUUGGCAUUCCUCAUUGAUCAAUGCAACAGAAAUGAAAACUCCAUGCAAAAGUUGCAGACUAAUGUCAGAUCUACGCAAACUAUUGUCAAUGCAAGCAGCCAAUUACCAACACCAAGUUCAACUAGGUCUAAAAUCAGCAUCACCUCAUCUUUCACGGAGAGUACAAACCUGCUGAAAACGUUUCUUUACACGUCUUCCAAGUCAAGCCCUGGUUCUUUACCAACUGAAGAAGGUGCCACACAAAAAUAUCAAGCUUGGAAUAAAAUUAAAUCAAGGCUUAAUAUGUCAACAACGCUGCCCACCACAACCAGAGAUCAAGUGGCUCCUGAACUUUAUUCAACAACUACCAGAGAUCGUAUGGAGGCAAGUACUUACCCAACAACCUCCAGAAAUAAAAGCCCGUCCAAACGUUACCCACUGACAACAGUCAGAAGUCAAACCAGAACUAAAUCCAAACUGAAAAGCAGAUAUCAAAUUAGGCCCAGCCCUGUUACAACCACCAGAGAGCAAACGGCAUCUGGAUCUUACUCAACAACCUACAGAGUUCAAACAGACACCAAAACGUACCCAACAAUCAGAGAUCAAACACGGAUCAAACUUCACCCACCAACAGUCGGAGAGCAAACUGUGACUGAACCUUACUCGAUAACUAGAGAUCUAACUGUGACUGAACCUUACUCGAUAACCAGAAAUCAAAUUGUGACCGAGCCGUACUCAAUAACCAGAGAGCAAACUGUGACAGAGCCGUACUCAAAUACCAGGGAUCAAACUGUGAUUGAGCCUUACAUGAAAAUCAUAGACCAAACUGUGACUGAAUCUAACUCAACGACAAGUGGAGAUCAAAUGGUGAUCAAGCCUUACUCAACAACCGGAAAACCCUUUGAGACUGAACUUCACCUAUCGACAGCCAGAGAUGAAACUGUGACUGAACUUUCCACGACAACCACAGAUCAAACUACGACCACACCACACCCAGCAACAAUCGGAGACCAUACAGCGAUCAAAUCGCACUCGCCAACAACCAGCGAUCAUACUGGGACCACGCCCUACCUGACCAUCGUGGAUCAAACUGGAACCGAACCCAAUGGGACAAUCAGAAACCAAACUGGGCAUGAACGGAACCUGACCAUUACCAGGGUGCAAACCGCCCAGAAAUAUUACCCAUCUAUUAACCGAGAGAAAGCUAGCACUAAGCAUUACCCAGCAAUGACAUUGCAAACUUCAACACCACCAGCAUGCUUCACUGUCUCCACCACCAAAAAGGGACCGAAAUUUAUAGUGAUUGACGAUGCCGAUGAUGCAGAGUCUUUGGAAAAAGAGGAAAUCACAAGUCCUCUACCCGGUGACUGUAAUUAUGAUCCAUGUAGACACUGGCAGGUACCUUGUCAUGAGCUGCAACAUUUGACAGACUGCCGUUGCCCUGCCACAACUGGGGAAGACGUCAUCCCAGAGCCAGUGAAGAUACAGAAGGUUAUUAAGAUUUCAGACAAUGCAGCCGAAAUCUACUGGUGCUCGCCUAGUUCCACAGUGCUGUAUUAUUAUAUUAUCUAUCAAUCGGACGAGAACAGGCGUUUGUACAAGACGGACACCAUCAAGCCGACAUAUCGGAGAUAUACCUUGCGCGACCUUACUGCAGACAGUACUUAUCACACUUGUGUGGUGGCCGUGAAUAAUGCAGGAUCAAGUACUGCAAGCAGCAUCUGGCCCUCAAAAGGCCCCUGCUAUAUAUUCAAGACAAAGCCAAACUACAAUAAUAUUUUUUAUAUAACGUCUACUGUCAUUAUUGUCAUUCUCUUCAUACUUGUAGUUAUUCUGUCUUUUUGCUUGUGCAAAAUUCACCAAAAGAGACGAUUGAUCAAUUUAUCCAGCAUAAGCUUGGAUCCCCUCAGCUUGCAAAAUCCAGCAUUUGAUGACCAUCUGGAGCUGGCAGAUUCAAGAACAAUACGCACAAGAACCCCAGACUCUGAACAGAUUCUCUAACAUUAAAACUUAAAAUAACUCUGAGGGGAAC